AUGAUUCGAGAUAAUGUUAAUAUUCCAGUGGAAAAGAUGAAUCUUUCCUUUGCUGGUUGUGGAUUCCUGGGUAUUUAUCAUGUCGGUGUUGCCUCUUGUUUCCGUGAAUAUUUACCAGAAAUUGUUCGUAAUAAAUUUUCUGGUGCCUCUGUCGGUGCUCUUGUUGCCACUGCGAUGGCUCUUGAUUGUUCUUUAGCUGAAAGUACAAGUGAUUUGUUAAAAGUAGCAAUUAAAGCCAGAUCUCGAGCCUUAGGUCCUUUCCAUCCGACAUUUGAUGUAACCAAAAUCUUAUACGAUGCUCUGGUUACUUUACCCGAUGAUGCUCAUAAAAAAGUUUCCGGUCGUUUAUUUAUCAGCGUUACCCGUGUCAGCGAUGGUAAAAACAAGAUAAUCUCACAUUUUGACUCUAAAGACGAUCUUAUCCAGGCAAUUCAGUGUUCUUGUUUCAUUCCAUGCUGGUCCGGAGUAUUUCCCCCUAAAUUUCAUGGCGUUGCUUACAUGGACGGCGGUUUUUCCGACAAUUUACCAAUUCUCAAUGAUUUUACUGUAACCGUAGCUCCUUUUGCUGGAGAAAGUGAUAUCUGUCCACAAGAAAACACUUUCAAUUACAUGCAAAUUCAAUUGAGUAAUACAAGUUUCUCCAUUAGUCCGGGGAAUAUGUACAGAAUCACUCGAAUCUUAUUCCCACCACAUCCUGAAGAGAUGUCGAAAAUGUGUCUACAAGGAUUUAACGAUGCUCUCAAAUUUCUCCAACGAACAAAUAAAAUCUCAUGUCUUCGGUGUGUUGCCAUUCAGUCAAGUUUCCUUCUCGCAGAAUCUAAUGAGUCUGAACCCGAAGAAGAGAUGAUUGAAGAUGUGGUCGAAGAAGAAACGGAAGAUGAUGAAGAAGAAUUUGAAGAUGAAGAUAUGGAGAUAAUAACUAUGGAAGAUUUAGAUGUAAAAAAGAAACCAGAUAAAAGUAAAGAAGUUCCAGGAUUUCGAGUUGUCGAUAAUUGUAGUGAAACUUUUACUAGCUCUGAUUUUCACUUGGACGAUUCAAGUGAAUGUAAAAGUUGUCGAGAAAUGCUUGACCUUCACUCAUUACCCGAUCCAGUAGCCAAAGCCAUUCAAGAAGCAAUUGACUCUGUUAACAAAGGUUUAAUCAAUUGGAUCUACAAACACCGUCCAGUUCGUGUCCUAUCACUUUUGACCAUUCCCAUUACUCUUCCCUUUGAUUUAGCAUUAAUAUUUACCAUUAAGAGCUUACGUAUGGUUCCUGUUAUUACCAAUGAACUUAAAAGAAGCCUUAUCAAUAUGUUAGCAUUUAUCCUUAAAGAGGAUAAAUAUAACAAGAAAAAAGCAACCACACGAUUCUCAUGUCAACUUGCAAUCACUGAAUUUGGGGGUAAAAAUAUCACCAAUGAUUCCAAUGGUCCAUCUCCUACUAAAAUAUCCAAACCUAAUAAUGUUAAAAGAAAAGAGAGUGUAUUCAACUUGGAAUCGCCAUUUAAUCGUAGGAAAACAUCAACAUAUGAUAAUCCAAAGUUAUUGUCUUCGUCCAGUUCAAGGUUGGAAAAAUCUGAAACUCUCCCACCAAUGAGUUUAUCCUCAGCAUCUGAUUUAAGGUCAAGACUGAGAGAGGAAAGUAAAAUCAAACGCAAUUCUUAUGCUGGUAAAGAAUUCUCAUACUCUUCUAGUAAUCUAACUCGAAGCUCUUCCUGUCAACGUGAACGUCGCAAAACGGUUGCCGGUCUUUCCAAUAAUAUUAGUAGUAAUAGUAUCAAUGGUUCUAGGAUGAACUUUGGUUUCACAGUUGAUCUUCCAAUCGAUCGAUUACCUUCAGGAUCUCGUAAAAACAGUACCCGUCGUCGGUACGCCUUAGGUGAAAUGGAUGAAAGCUAUGAAACCUCCAGUACAAAUUCAACUAACAACCUGAGUAAUUGUAAUGAUGUAUUACUUACAGUAUUACAAUCAUUGGGUGAAAAUGUUGAUCCGCAAGAGAUUGAUCUUGAUGCUAAAGAAGUGACCAACAAAGCUUUAUCCAUUGAGAAAGAGUAUUUUGAACGUUUCGCCAACAGUGAAUUAAGUGGAAUGGUAAAGAAUAAUGAGACUUUGGAUAAAAUAAUGGACGUUGCUUCUAACAGUCAAGCAUUAAUGGCUUUCUACUAUUUAGAUGAAAAGAAACGAGUUAAAGUUACAGAAAUAUUCAGUAUGCCAGCUGAUAAAAAUGAUUCAAAUGAUGAUAUUCAACGAUCACCACCACAACCACCAGCACCUACUUCAGGUCAAGAUGAAGAAGAUGAUGGAAUUGAAAUAAUUGAUGAUGAUUCUCGUAACGAUGAGGAAGCUCUUCAUGCCCACCAAUCACCAGCAAUUAACUAUAACAACAAUCGAAAUAACAACAACAAUAAUAUCCUAGUUGAUUGACUUCACUAAUCAUCCAACUCCAAUCAUACUUAUCAUUACUUAACUAUUUAUUUUUUAAUCAACCAUGAAAACAAAAACCACCAAGAGAGUAACAAAAGCGACGACAAUUGCUAAGCAUUUUACCCACUGAGCGUCACCACUUCGUCUUAAAACUCUUACCACUUGAUUGCUGAUUCUUAAUGAAAGGAUUUACAAUUAAACAUUUAUACUUCAUAAUGAGUUAAUGCAAUGGUAGACAGAGAAAAAAAAUUAUUAUUACUAAUUAUCAAAUAAUAAUUUAGACCAUUUCAAUCAAUGUAUUAUAUUUACAAUGAAUAUAAAUACUAUUGAAACAAAUUACUUAUAUACAAUACCUGCAACUACAAAUAUCUACAAGACCUUUAAGUAAAUCACCACCUAAGAAACAAUUAAUUCAACAAUUCUCACCAUCGAUCAACUUUAAUCAACAAACAAUUUACCAAUCACAUACCCACCAAACUCUUAAACAAUUCAUUAAUCAUAUUAGUCAACUUUUCCACCGCCCAAUGUUUAACAAAUGCUUUAAAUGCAAAUGAAGACACAAAAAGCUUAUCAAUCAAAACAAUUUGCUAACCAAGGAAAAGAAAAUCAAUCUAAUUAAUGAUCAGCAUCCAUUUCAUCAUCUUAAUCACCAUUAUAUCAACAAAUACCAUUAAUUCAUGUUCAUAUUGUGCCUACAAGAUUUACAUCAAAGCCCAUUGUAAAAAAAAUGAUAUUACCCAAUGAGAAAGAUUAAGUUUGAUUCUUUUUCGUUAAUUAACAAUUAAUCCUUUUCUUUUUUUGUUCACACAUCAGUAACACAACAAUUAACUUGAUUAUCCUUCCCCUCUAACUGAUUGUAAUUACACAUUCCCAUUAUAUUGAAGACACACACAAAAAGAAAAUAUUUAUUAACUGUUAUGGAGACAAAAUUAAUCCAUAAUUUAAUUUAAUGAAACCAAAAAUCAAAUUCAAUUAACCAAUACAAUUAAACUGAUGCGAUGUUGGUCAAAAGGUAAACAAAUUAAAUGUUAAUCAACAAUCAAGAGUCAAACUUGAAAACUGUAAUUCCCAAAGAUGUUUAAUUCUCAAAUUAAUACAAUUAAAUAAAUGAAUUAACUUCCUCAAAAGUUAAUCAAAAUAACAAUCAAA